AUCCGGCCGACCCCCCAACCGCAAGCAAAGGUCCCCCAACCGUGCGUGCAGGAACCAAAUCCAAGCGAGAGCUAGCGCGCCCCGCUUCGAUGGCGUCCAAUCGCACGUCGCGUCGCCUUCCCGCCCGCAUCACCUUCACGUGAGCCUUCGCGCGCGAUGUCGCCGCCGCUAGUAUAACCCUUCUUGCUUUUCUCCGCGCGACCAGCGAGGGAGCAUAGAGGAGGAACAGAGCGAGCUCCAGAAGCAACCGCGCCAAAAAAUGGACGGCGACGCGCCGAUGGUGGCCGCGGCGGAGGAGGAGCCGCACGUCGAGCGCCUCCCCGCCGACCUCCUCGCCCACAUCCUCUCGCUCCUCCCCACCUUCCACGACCUCGCCAUGGCCGGCGGAGUGAGCCGGCGGUGGCGCCGCGCGGUGGGACGUUCGCUGGCGACGCGGCGGCGGCUGAGCUUCGCGGGGCAGCGCACCGGCGACGACUCCACCGCGCGCCUCGUCCGCGCCGCCAUCAACCUCCGUGACCUCGACAUUUCACGAAGCUGCUGGGGAUGCCACAUCAGCGACCGAGGGCUGCUCGAGAUUUCGUCCGCGGCGUGCGUCGCCAACCUCACCUCCGUCUCCCUCUGGGGAUUGGCCGGGAUCACUGACAAGGGCGUUGUUCAUCUGGUUUCAAGAGCUCGUUCUUUGCAGCACCUGAACAUUGGUGGGACUUUUAUCACCGAUGAAUCACUCUAUGCAGUUGCAAAUAGUUGUGCAAAUCUGAAGAGCAUCAUCCUGUGGAGCUGCCGCCACGUGACGGAGGCCGGGCUGGUGGCGCUGGUGAACAAGUGCCCGGAACUGGAGUGCAUCAACGUCGGCGGCAUGCGGGUGUCACCGGAGAGCUUCGCCGGCCUGCUCUCCAUCAGCCCUGCUCUCCGCAUCAGGUCCAUUCCGCAGAUCCUCAACGCCGACGUCGUUCAGGUCGCGUGAGCGAACUGCGCGGGAUUGCCAAGACUGUAUAUAUUGCUCCAUAUGGGAUUCGUCUCGCCGUUGAUUCAUCUCGUGUUGAUGUGUUGUGCAUAUGUUGACUUGUACAUGUUACAGUGAAUAAAAAUUGUAUGAAAUGGACAUACAUAUACUCUGCAAAAUUAGCAUGCCUGUCUAGGAAGCAGCUGGAUACUGUGCAGUUCACUGACAUUCAUUUAAUCAAUUGUUAUCAGAUCGGUUUGACAA